AUGAAGAGGGUUUCCGGCUCCAAAUACAAAAAAUUCUCUCAGGAAAAUGCCGACUACCUCUGCCAAGAGGUGCAGCGGAUGGAGGAGUCCCAGGUGUUUUACCCCGGCGCAUUCGUAGAGGCACUGCGAGAGCUGACGGAGGUUCUCAUAUGGGGCGACAAGAAUGCUGAGUCGGUCUUUGAUAACUUUCUGGAGCGCAGUAUGAUGAGUACGCUUGAGCGUGUCGUGACAAACGCGGAAUUCCCUUCUGCGGUGAAGGUCCAGGCUAUUCAAUGUAUCACCAUGAUGCUGCAAAACCUAACACGAAAAUCAUCCAUAUACUUUGUGUGCAGCAACAAUCAUCUCAACAGGAUCAUAUCAAUUUUCAUCGAUGACAAUGACGAAGAACUAUUCUCCAUUUACGUCUCAUUUCUGAAGUCUCUGGCACUUCGUUUGAACGAGGACACGGUGCAAUUCUUUUUCGAGCGUGAAACCCGCGCUUUCCCGCUUUUUGACAGAGCGUCCAAACUUCUUGCUGCACCGGAUCCCAUGGUCCGUGCGGCGGCACGACAAGUUGUCAUUAGUGUCGCGCAGCUCAAUGAGCCCGCCAUUAAGAACUUUCUUAGAGACGCAUUGCAGGAAGUGUUCAAGUUGAUAUCAACCCUCUUGUGGUCGCAAAUUAAAAAUCUGGCUGAAGCAGCAGCGGAGUACGGCAACGUGGAGCGUCACAAUGCGAAUGAAUUGCAUCUCAUGGGUAUUUCUACACUUAGUGAUCGUCUGGAGGAUAUUGUGGACGAUAUGUUUUAUAUUAACGACCUCUUUUUGGUACCACAUGACUUUGCUCCUUUCUACUUGGAGUGUGUUCUUGAAGAGGUUGUUAUUCAGCCGUUAUUGAUGUUACUCGAGAAUCUGCCUUGUGACAUUUGCUGUUUUUCUACAAACAGUUCCUUUACCCCUUGUGUUUCCGCAUCCGUUGCGCUUUCUGUGCUCACCCGAUGGAUCUUGUUGAAUAAGUCGGAGCGGCUCCAACGUCUAUUUAAAGAGGGACUGUUAAAUCCCUCCGCUUCUCAUGACGGUGUAAUGAAACGUUUGUUGAAAAGUGAAUGCGCAGAAGUUCUUUCGGGGGUUGUCGUGCUGCUGAAGGCCAUGUUAACAUCAGGGCUUCUUGAAAAUGAAAAGAAAGGGGGAGGAAAUGGUCCGACACCUGAUGGCGAUGAAACGGACAACGAAGAUAUCUCAGAGGAGGCGUUGGAUGAGAAAGAGAUGCACGUCAUGACUGACAUUUUCAAUGUCAACUGGAGCAUUGAGCCAGAACACGAGGAUUCUUUUCCUCCACUGCAGCCGCUGUCUAUGAUUUCUUGCGAAAUAUUUCUAGGUCGUAUGAGCCAACAGGUGGAGAACGCAGUGAGAUGCCCGUGGUUUCAUGGUCUAAUGUCGGCAAUCUACUUUUUUAUCACGCAUCCUGCAUAUACUCGUUUUUCUGUUUUUGAAUUGGCGCUCAGUGUUCUUAUGGAUUUUGUGAAAUGUAGGCGGGAGUGUGUUGUUCUCUUCCGGGGGCUCUUGUUUCUUUGCCUCUUUAUCGUCCGGCGUCGGGCAGUCACGUGCGCCGAAUCCUCGGCGUUGCGGCAGGAUGGUACUGUCACUUCCGCAUCAAUCCCUGCUGCUGCUGCUGCUAGUACUACUCCCAAUUCCGUUCAUACGACAACCGCAGCCGGCAACAAAAACAACAAGAGUGCCGGUGCGUGGCUGAGAACUCCAUACGAAGUUGUAUUUAUCAAACUGGAGCAUGUAUCUCAUGAAUUUGGCCUCCGUGAAGAAAAAUUGCGUGGGAAUUUAAGUAAUGAGGCAAGCUUUUUGUUGCCACUCCUGCCCAGUCUUGAUUUCAUCAGAUCCGAACGAGAGAGGGGAAGUAAUAGCCCUCAUUUUGAUUGCUGGGACGUUGUGCUCCGCAACUUCCGAGAGUACAUCGCGGUACAGAAAAGUGUUGCAGCGGUCGUUCCACUUCGAAAUCGUGCCGCACAUGACCAAUCGGAGGAGGAGAAGAGUGAGUUUCUGAUGUGGUUAACUAUUCGUCAUUACGCCCACAGGAUGCUCAAUAGAGAGGAUGGGUUUUUGCUUAGACUCCGUGAUUACGGUGUUCGCCACCACGUGGGGACGAAUGUGAGCCUCUCACAGAGUAACACGGUUUAUUUUCGCUGUGAAUUUGUUAAGGGGCGCUUUCUUUUUGGCGCAUCGUCACCUAUGGUGGCUGCAGGCACACCGAUGUACAUGCUUUUAUCUGAAACUGAAGUCCUUUUUCUUUGCGCAGGUGAUGCGCUGCGACCAGUAACAGAUCGGGGGGUCACACUUUGUGUUAUGUUUGCUCUGCAGAUGAUUUACGUGCAGGCGCUGGUUUCGCAUUCUCCAUUUAGUGUUAUAGUCACCCACGUGCACCCUGCCUCUCCCCUCCAGCUACAUAUUGUGUUUCGUCACCGAAAAGCAGCCGCUUCCGCUGUAAAUAUGAUUACGGAACUUUCUUCCUUGUGCCGGUUUAGUGGAGCCGCACUUGUCUGCCGAGCACUGAACCAGGAUGGAGCUUUACAUGUGACGAACGAAGGGGUCUCCAAGGCACCGAUGAAUUCCUUUAAUAAUGCGUAA